AGUAUGCCAGAAACAGGCGCUGCCGAUACAAAGGCCUGACGCAGAAGAAAUUCUGCGUCACUUGUAGCAUCAACAUCAAGAUCAAGAUCCCUCUCUGCCAGUGCUAAGUGUUUACAGCAAACGUUUGGCGGCCUGCGCUCACCAAACUUCAGCCCAGCCCUCUGCCCAGCCCACAGCCAGCCCUCCUGCAGAGCCAGCGGGGGUUAGCCCGGUGUGUAGCGCACCAUGGGGUCCUCUAAGAAGAGUAAGGAGAAGGACCGGUCCCGAGAUGAACGCAAAGAGAAGAAGAGGAAGAGGCGCUCGAGAUCUGGGUCCAAGGAGAGGGAGAAAGAGGGGAGGCAUCAUCACAGACACCACCACAAGCACAAGAAGCAGCGCACCAAGAGGCGAGAAGAGCGUUCCCCCUCACACUCACCCAGCCUGAGUGAGGACAGCUUCUCUGAUGUGGAGCAGUUGCUGCAGAUCAAGGAUGAAGGCUCAGGUUUCCAUGGGAAGGCUGUUCCACCUCCACCCUCCUUGAAGCCCUCAUCACCCACAGCAUCAACACAGCCCCCUGCUGCAGCCUCCUCUGCCUCAGAUGCCUCACUCUCCAUUGAAGAAACCAACAAGAUCAGGGCAAAACUUGGGCUUAAGCCUCUCAAGGUUGAUACAGGUCCUGUACUGAGGGAGGAGGAACCCGGCAAAGACAAUAAGGAAGGUGUCCUUAUCGAGAGUCAAGGAGAGGUUUUUGUCCACAAGCCAGCUGAAAGCCUAGCUCAGAAGUUGGAGGUACAAAAACUGAGGGAGAAAAUCGCAGCACAGCGAGAGAAGCGGCGCAUCAAGGAAUCCCUGAGUAAGGUGAAGAAGCUUGGCGACUCUGACAGUGAGGAUGAGUCUGCCUCAGUUUGGGUCUUGAAGUCCCGGGCACUGGCCAAGGAGAAGGAGCUGGCAGAGAAGAAGAGUAAGAUGCUGGAGGAGCUGGAUGCCCAGUUUGGCAUUGGGGACUUGGUGGAGCAGGACAUGACGGAGCAGAAGAUGAAGAAGUACAAUCGCAAUGACUUGUCAGGGCUGCAGGUGCAACAUGACAUGAGCAGGUUUACUUCUGGUGCUUCUACCAUCUUGACUCUGAAGGACAGCAAUGUAUUGGAUGGGGAAGAAGAUACACUUGUUAAUGUCAACAUCAUUGAUGAUGAACGGGCAGAGAAGAACAUCAUGAGGAAGAAGGAGGAUCCCGACAAGGUGGAGUAUGAGGCCCCUGAGGUAGAUGCCGCUGGCAACAUAGUGCAGCGAACUCUGCUCACCAAGUAUGACGAGGAGAUUGAGGGGGAGAAGAAGAAGACCUUCCGGCUGGGGUCAGGCGGCCUGGUCAACGCUCAGGAUGACGUGCCUGAGGCAGUGCGUCGUGUGGCCAAACUCCGGAGGCUGCAGAACCUGGAGAUGCCACAGGCACAGCUGGCACCAGAGUACCUCACCGAGACUGAGAUGGUCAGCUUCCGCAAGGUGAAGAAGACCAAGAAGAAGAAAAAGAAGAAGCUGUCAGUGGAUGACCUGGAACCAAUGGAGGAGGACUCCCUGGUGCACCUGGGAUCCAGACAGGCCCGACAGGCCAGGAUAGAGGCUAUGCAGACUGGAGAGUGGGAUGAGGCAGCCGCUGAGGACAUGGCGGCCAGGCUUGGUGGUGGUGGCCGGUCCCUGAGCCUCAAAGAGCUGCUGGAGGAGCAAGACCAAGUGAAGGAGGAGCAGAUGGCUGAAGCAGAGGAGAUACCAGAGGUGGAGCAGGAUGACAUAGAGCUGCAGGAGGCACUGGCCCGGUCAAGACGGGCAAAGAUGGCUCAGUCCAACCAGCCAAGCAGUGAGAAGAUCCUGGACGUGGUUAAGGAGAGGAACGCCGCCAACCACCAGGAGGAGGAGGAGGAGAUGGUGGUGGACGGAGAGGAGCUGCUCAUGACUCUCAACACCACAGAUGAAUUCUGCCGCACCCUUGGGGACCUACCCACCUAUGGCCUUUCAGGGAACCGUGCUGAGGAGGACCAGAGCAUGUUGCAGCUACAGCCUCCCAAGGAGAAAGAGACACAGGAGCCACGGGGAGCCUGGGAGGAGGUGGGCAUUGAUGACACACGGGUGGAGAUCAAUGACAGCAUGACUACGCCCAUCCUGGAGGAGGAGCCUGACGCCAGCAAGGGUGUGGCCAACGCCCUCAAGCUGGCACUCAAGAAAGGCUACCUGGAGAAGACCAAUGUGUCCAAGUCUGCCAAUGCUGCCCUGCAGCACCUCAGGGCAAUACAUUACAGCAUUGAGGACAAGACCCUGGAUGAUGACCGAGGGCGUGGCCGAGGGGAGCGAUACAUGGGUCCUGUCACUGAGUUCAAGGACAAGGAUGGGUAUAAGCCAGAUGUCAAGCUGGAGUAUGUGGAUGAUGAGGGACGCAAGUUGAAUGCCAAGGAAGCUUUCAGGUACCUGUCACACAAAUUCCAUGGAAAGGGAUCAGGGAAGAACAAAACUGAGAAGAGGAUGAAGAAGUGGAAUGAGGAGCUACUGAUGAAGCACAUGAGCUCUUCAGACACUCCCCUUCAGACACUGGAGAGGCAAAGGGAGAAGCAGAAGCAGCUUGGGGCAGCUUAUCUGGUUCUGUCAGGAAGCAAGACCCAGGAAUCAAUGGAUGUGAAGAAGUGAAUGUGCUCUGACAAUAAACUCAGACCUUUGACACUUUUGAGGAGUGUGGUGUGUUGAAGUGUUUUUAUGUGAAUGAGUUUUAAUGGAUUUAGGUGUGACAUGAGCAAAUAUACAAGGACCUCAUCUGAUUUGUAGCAUAUAUAGUUUGGCCGUGACUCAUUGCAAACUACCCAAUGCAAAUUUCAUGUACAGAAUUCAUAGUCCUCUGUUUUUUUAAGUUUCAGUUUGGUCUGGAGAGUGAGAGGCUCCUGAAGUGUUUAUGUAUGAAGUAUUUAAAUGAAGUAGCAGAAGUAGUUAAAAGGAGGAGGCAUUGGUUGGAGAAAAGGAAGCAUGUGAUGAAUGACAGGGACACCAUAAGGCAGAGAUGAGAAUGUGCCAGAGGAAGCAGAAGUGAGGUACAAGUCUUGGAGCAGGAGAGUUAGGCUGAAGGCUUGCAGAUAGUGGUAGUAAAUAUCUGUAACAAUGUUUUGUAUAGUUCACGUCUGAAGUGUUUCUAUCGAUACCAUUUAUACCAGGCUGAUUAUAUUAAAAAGCUUGAGUCUCAACUUUGA